GCCACUUACUACAACGUUAUGUAUUUUCCAGAGAUAUUGUUAGCUAGGAGGAAGACAUGGAGGGUUCAACGCUGACACAGAGGAGGGCUGAGUGUCAGUUGAAGGAAAGGGAGAUCCAGACAGACUACAUGAUGGAGCUGGGUGCCAGGUUGGCUCUGGUGUGGCAGAUCCAGAGGGAGCAGGAGAAGGAGAGGAAGACGAUUUGGUUUGAGACGAGGAAAAUGCCAAGCCUGAUUGAGGAGAAUGUGAGAGAUGUGACCAACCGUCCACUCACUGAGUUCAUGGCUCCCUGUAUUGACUCCCUCCCACCACUGGCUUUCACCAAUCGGAGGCCUAUACCAACCAUGUUGCAUCCCCCCUCUCCAUUGGCCAUACGCACUCAGGAUGCACAGCGGUUCAUUGUAUUUUCCUACUUUGUCCCUGCUGAGUGCGCAGUUGCCACAGAGGACACUGCAGAUGUAUCUGCUGGUAAAAGAGAGGACUUAUCGACAGAUACACAUCUUUCCUCAAUGCUGCAUCGAUACCUGCCACACUUCUUUAACAAGGACUCCAUUCCCCCACAGCAGACAGUAGAGGAAACCACUGAGGUCUCAGUUGCUCCAGUGGCAAUGUCUAAUAUCAAGGAAGAGGACAGAUUCUAUCCUUUCUCCCUCCCACCACUGGCUCAGCGGUUCAUUAGCAAUUCAUUCAAUGUCCUGGAAACCUCCCAGCCUGCUGUUUCAGCCACGGAGUGCCGAGUUGCCAAAGUGGCCACUGCAGGUACAGCCACUGUCAAGAGAGAGAACCGAUGGGCAGCUAGAAUUCUUCCCUCAGUGCUGCCUCCAUGCCUGCCACCAGUCAUUGACGAUGACUUCAUGCCUCCAGAGCAGACAGUAGAGGAUGCCUAUGAGGUCUCAUUUGCUACAGAGGCCACUUCAGGCACAGCUACUGUUGAUGGAGUGGACAGAUCAGCAGCUAAAUGUCCUGUCCCAAUGCUGCCUCCCAGUCUGCCAUGUGUCUUUGACAUUGACUACAAACUGCCAGGGGCGGCAGUAGAGGGAACCAACAAGUGUCCAGUUGCCAGUGAAACAACCAAUGAUGUGUCCACUCACCUCAAAGAGGACAUGGCAGCCGAUCAAAGCCCUCCUGACCCUGCAGCACUGCCUCCAAGCUCGCCAUGUAUCUGUGACCACAAACUGACCAAGGAGGAAAAAGAGGAUGCCACCGAGUCCUCCCUUGCCACAGAGAUCACUGUAGGCACAUCCAUUGUCCAGGGAGAGGACCUGGAUAAAAGCCCUGCUCCAAGGCUGCCUCCAAUCUUGUCACACAUUUUGGACAAUGACCAUAAGCAGCCAGAGGAGAUGAUAGAGGGCGCCACUGAGUGCUCAGUCGCUGCAGAGGCAUCAGAUGCUAACUUAACUCUGGCAACCUGCAAUGAUGAGCGGCCCACCCCUCUGAUCUGCGUUGUCACUAAGACGCCUGUUAUAGUUGGAGCCUCCAUAAGCAGGUCAGAGGAUGAGGAACCCAGGCCCUGGACCCUGGAAGAGGCAAAGGAUUAUUGGAUACGCCUUGAAAUUGAGAGUGAAGAGAGGAGCGUCAAGGAGGUGAGCCCGAGGGAGGGAUUGAAGAGUGAGGUGGACUGUGCCCAUUCCAAGUGCUCCAAUGGGACGGUUUCAUCAGAGAGAGCAGAGACCAUCCUGGGAAGAGUGGGCUUUCUGGUCAGGAACCACAUGCAGAAAAUCCCGUUUUUGAAAAUGGAGGAAAAAGAGAAAAAUAAUAAUAAGAAGUUGAAAGAUGACGAGAAAGAGAGAAAGGAGAUGAAACACAAGGAGGAGGAGCAAAAAAAGAGGGAGAGGAAAGAGAUGAAGGAGAGAGAGAAAGAGCAGAAGAAAGUCAUGAAGGCUGAGAAGGAGAGGGAGAAGUUAGAACAGAAAAAGAGAGAGAAGGAAAGCAAAGAGAAGGAAAAGGCAGAGAAAAAGAGGUUAGAGGGGCUGAUGAAGAUACAUAAUGACAUGAUGAAAGACAAGAUUAAGAAAGAGAAGAAGUGUUCUGAGGAGCUGAAAAAGAGAGAGAAAGCUCAAGCUGCAUUCUUGGAGAUGGAGAGAAAGAUCCAAGAAAAGGAGGAGAAGAAGAGAGAAAAGAUGAGGAAAGAGGAGAGGAAGAGACUGGAGAAGAAUUAAAAGAGGGAGCCAGCUGGAGGUGGAACUGAGAGGGUGAUAGAAGAGCAGGGAAGGGAUGAAAGCUUGAAGAUGGAUGAGUAGACUGGG